AUGUUGUAUUUGGGAAUUAUUUUGUCGAUUGUAUGCCUUUGUACAGCUCAGAGGUAUCCCAUCACUGCGGCGUGGUUCAACGACCAUUUCUCUCGUAGUAAUUGGAACAGUACUCUGUAUAACUUCACUAGAAAUGGCGGUGACACAGUCCUACUAAAACCCAAACAAUUCCUGUUCCGGUCACAACAAGACAUGGAGGCAGAUCCAGAUUUCGCGUCGUGUAGUACCACGGAAACCGACACAGGUCCAACGUGCUUUGAGGACGCGAAAAAGGAAAUUAACCAACUCGGGUACAAAAUAGCAUCUUUCGCGUCAUACAAAAGUGGAGAAAAUUUUGGUAAAACUGUAAUCGAGUGUCCAGCGUUCGAGAAGAAAUUAGUCCGUGCCAGGACUUACAUUCGUCUGGUUCUUCAGACAAAGAUUACACCUCAAAGUCAACCCUGCGACUUCCCCAAGGGAUCCUCCGUCGUCGUCCUUUUUACAUACUUUGAUGGUGUUGAUUCUAAUGAACUUUUGGUGCGUAUUGCUGCAGAGAAGAAUAUGUCAGUAUACCUAGGAAUGCCCGAGGUGCCUUCUACCACAGGACCAUACCACCAAUACUUUUUUUCCUAUCUAGACUGGUUCAGUAGACUAAUUGUUGACCAACGACAAAGAUAUUUGGGUUUAACAGUUAACAAUUCCAUUUACACGACAGCCUAUGAUGCCGUUUCCGGGUACAAUACAGGAGAGGCACGACCUCUGGGCCAGUUUAACACUGACGAAGACACUCUCAAUCUAUACUCGGCACAGAGUGGAACUGUACAUUUCUAUGGUAAGAAGGUCUUGGUUUCUUCCUCCGUUGAUUUGAGGAAGACUGGAGGGUUCAGCAUAGACGAACACGUGCAUGGAUUCAAUGCACUUGUGAAUGCGUCAUCAGCUGACGUCAUGAACAUCCAUGAAGGGAGAGGUUAUGGUAACGCCUGUUACUAUUGGCCAACACAGAACGUCUUACCAAUAUCGCAGGUGGAUAAGACACUUGACGCCGUGUUGCACUACCAGAAUCCCCAACUGAAACAAAACAUCACUUUUGAUGAUUUCUUCGCUGGCAGUAUUCAACAGGUAAUGGAGUCUUUGUUUAUAGCAAGAGAAGCACUCGAGAAGAAUAACCAUUCAUUUGACAUUUGGUUGAACAUAGAAGCAUUUGAGUCCCUCCGAGAUAAUCCAUGUCUUCCAACAUCCGGGUCAGGAAUCUCGGUCUCCACAGACAGGGUUACAAAGGGUAGAUUGGAUAUGGCACUAUCCGCAGGGGCUGUGUUUGUCCAGAAGGUGGCAGUGUCUACCUGGGAUCCCUACUUUACAUGCACACCGAAGAACUCUAGCUCGACACUGGCCCAACAAGUCUACAAUGACGCCGGUCGGCCGAUCAUUACCCACUGUUCUUUCCAUAGCCAGUAUAACCGCUCUGUGGUGGUCAUUGGCUUCAACUUACUGGGUGAAACCCAGGGGUUCACGGUAACUUGGUCGGACACCGGACACACCCGUCAUAACAGCAGCGUCCACGGCUACUACUUCGAAGCUGCGUACGGAAGCGAGCAUCACCUGGUACCCUCUCUAAUCUACACACAACUCUACGACCCCUAUAACGUCAUGCAGUUAAACCCCAAGGGAACCGUCAGGGUAAAGGCCGGAGGGGCAAACCGCGCAUGCGUAUUCACGUAUGACUAUACAGAUGUAGACAACAAUACAAGCAACAAAUAAAUGUUUGAAAGAUAAA